GCACUUGGCACCUGCUGCCUGCUCGGCCGGCCGCGUCCCCGCCCGGGGGUGUGUGUUGGGGGGAGUUCUCUUUCCGACUGUCAAAAUGGUUAUCAAAGUGUUUGUUGCCACAUCUUCUGGGUCCAUAGCGAUUAGGAAAAAGCAACAAGAAGUAGUGGGCUUUUUGGAAGCUAAUAAGAUCGACUUCAAGGAACUAGACAUCGCUGGAGACGAAGACAAUAGGAAGUGGAUGAGGGAGAAUGUUCCUGGAGAGAAGAAGCCUCAAAACGGGAUCCCUUUGCCCCCCCAGAUCUUCAAUGAAGAGCAGUAUUGUGGGGAUUUUGACUCUUUCUUCUCUGCCAAAGAAGAGAAUAUUAUUUAUUCAUUUCUUGGUUUGGCUCCCCCUCCUGGGUCAAAGGUGACAAAGUCGUCCGAGGAAGCAUCUUCCCUUCCCAACGGCGAUGUAGGCAGCGAGGGGCAGAGCGCCACAGAGGCAGCAGAGAAGGCUGAAGAAAGUGGAGAAAAUGAGGCACAAAAAGAGGAGAAGGAGGAUUCGGGCAACCUCGCCGAGUCUUCAGAGAAGAAUAUGGAAGAAGUAACCGAAGAGGGAGCAGAAGGGGAAGCAGAGGAAGAGGAGGCUGAAAAAGAAGAAGAAGCAGGAGAAGAAGAUUCUUAGGCCUUUUCGUGCUUUAUUUCUUCAACUUUUCCAGAAAACUCAAGCCACGAAGCAGCAUUUCAGCCGUCUCCCCUCAAACCAGCCUCAACAAAAUGCUUUGGCGCGAAGCUAGCCCCCCUCUCUCAGCACCCGGGGUUCACUGAGGAGCUGUUACCCGACGGGGGGAGCCGUAUGCGGAUGUGUCUCCCUCAUUGUGUCAACGCGGAACUCUCCGUGAGGACCACACACACGUGCCUCACAUCUCUGGCCUUUGCUUAUGUAUUUGGUCUAAUUUUAUUUUUUGCUCUGCAUGAAUAGAUCUUCUUACUAACACCCUGAAAAAAAAAAAGGAUUUUGAAAAGUGAUUUCACAACAUACAGGUUCUCUUUAUGACGUAAUCAGUGUUCCUUUGUAUGUGCCUCCUGUGACGUGUCUCAGAAUUUGCUGAAAAUAAAGACCGUGGAAAAGAGCUUUCCAGAAAACAAUCUUUCAAAUAAAGAUUAGUAGCAGACA